AUGACGUCAUCAACACGUCGGUGGGGACAUUGACUCGCAGGUGAGGUGUUGAUGUGAAGCGUUUUGACAAUAUUAGUCACGUCAGCUAUUUCCCCGGUGUUCGUGUACGGUUAAGACAGAAAGGCUGUCCGCUUCACACACCGACUAGGGAAUGUUGUACUGCUUCUUUUAUAUGUGUGUACAACCAUGGCAGAGUCUCAUCCACCCCAAAGGUCAAGUGAAAAAGAGGAUGACAGUUUUGAAAGAGACUUAGAGGAGAUGCUAGAUGAUGGCCCUAGCCUGAACAAUGCCAUCUCAAAUGUACAGGGUGGCACACCAAAUACCAUGAGUUCAUCAUACUCAGGUUCAGCUUUGUCCUAUGGAGCUAGCGGGACCAAGGAACCCAGCUUGGCAACUCAAGGCAGGCUUACUCGCUCCUAUUCUAUUCCUCCUGCUACCAGUAACAUUCCACUGUCUGGACCACAAAGCAAUGGUGACUUUGUACCCAAGCUGAACAUUCCUGCAUCAGCGCAGUCCAAACUGGAAUCUCUCAAAGACUGGAGUAUAAACACAUUCAAGUGCACUCGACAGUUCUUAUCGGAACGAUUUGGCAAGGGAUCAAGGACAGUUGACCUAGAUAUGGAGACAAAGAUUGAAGCAUUGCGAGACACACAACGCAAAUAUGCCAGCAUCCUUCGACUGUCACGCAUCCUCACACAGCAUUAUUUUCAUGUGGUUCAAACUCAGCGAGCCCUUGGAGAAGGAUUUGCAGAGCUUGCCCAGAAAUCACCAGAACUACAGGAAGAAUUCCGUUACAAUUCUGAAACACAACAGGCUCUGGUCAAAAAUGGAGAAGUACUUCUUAGUGCAUUGAACUUCUUUACAUCAUCGGUAAACACUCUUUGCAACAAAACUAUGGAAGACACACUUUUGACAAUCCGCAAUUAUGAAAGCUCUCGGCUUGAAUAUGAUGCUUACAGAAAUGAGCUGGAAACUCUUCAGCUUGGGCCAAGAGAAAAUGCCUCCACUGCAAAAGUUGAGGAGUCACGAAGGAAAUAUGAGGAUCACAAAAUAAAGUUUGAACGUUUGAGAUCAGAUGUCAACAUUAAGCUGAAGUUUCUUGAAGAAAACAAGGUGAAGGUGAUGCACAAGCAGCUGCUUCUAUUCCACAAUGCAAUCUCUGCCUACUUCAGUGGAAAUGCCGCUGCUCUGGAAGCUACACUAAAGCAGUUCAACAUUUCCCUUAAACGACCUAAUGCAGAAAAGCCAUCAUGGAUAGAGCAGUAGGCUUUACAUCUGUCUAAAUCCCAUCAUAUUGUUUUUCUUUUUAUGGAAUGUCAUUGGUUUGGUCCAUAUAUUUUCUUUUCUGGUUAAAGUAUAUUGUAAUCAAUUCGAGCUGCUCACUGCAAUGCUGUCAGUGAAUAUGCUGUGAUGGACUUGUCAGGAUGGCUUUCUUAUUAGCACAGGAGAAUAGGCUUGGACAGGAUUCAUGCCUUGAUUAAAUUACUUUCUUGUAUGGCAUAGACCAUGAUGGAUCCUGACCAGCUAUGUAUCAUUUUGUAUUCAUUACUUUAGCUUUUGUAUACUUUGUUCACAAUGUUCUAAAUUUUAUAUCAAAAAUUUAUACUUGAUUAUUGAAAUUGUGUAUUCUCAUGCCUGGCAUGAUUUUCUGGUUCCCCAUAUUUCCCUCUUUGAUUUGGUUUGUAACUGCCUGAUAAAAGGAUUGAUGGAAGAGAGAGUAAGCACACUUUGUGAGCAUGCAUGCCUUCAUGCAUGCUUGUGCUGUUUGAAAACUUGACUGAACUUUCAGUUCUUACCUUCUGUGUAAAAGAAGUUGUUCAUAAAUAAUGUAAACAAAAACUUUUUUUCAGUUUAGGUACAAGUACAUGAAGCAUUAUAAUUAUUUUUAAAUAAUGGCUGUUAUUUUUUUCAUACUGAAAACAAUUAAAUUUGUUUAUGGAAAACCUAUUUUGGGUUUUUAUUUUUUUAGGAUAGUAGUGGGGGGAGGGGAUAUGCAAGAAGCUAAAAACACUAAUGCACACACUAGCUUGUUCAAUAUCCAUGUGGUGUGAUUCAUUUCCUCCAGUUGAUCUAGAUGUUGAAUUGGUAGCUUCCAGGGAAAGCAAAGAAGAGGUAAUGGCAGUUCCCUCACAAAAAAAAAAGGUUGGCCUGGAUGCCAUUUCGUCAGCUCACUCCCCAAUCAUCAAAAAAUUAUGGGAAUAUUUUAAGUUUUUUAAGGGAAGAAAGAAACAAUUGUUAUUAAUUCUAGAGAUGCUACAGGGUGAAUAGGUAGCAAAUAAGCUACCAAAUUAUGACUAGCAAUUGUUUUUUCAAACAUUUCCCAAGACUGGAUGUAAAAGCAAAAAGCUCUUUCUUUGCGGUGCUGCAAAGGUAAUAAGUUUUUAAAAUUUGCUUUGUUCAACAUUAGAUGUGGUUUGAUAUUCCAAGUCAUUAUAUAGUACAUGAUGAUCCACAUUUAAAAAAAAAUCCUCAGGAUGUGGGAGACAGUUUUAAAGUGGUUUUACAUUUUCAUAAUUAGUCGUGAAAUGUAAGAAAAGAAUGAGACGUGCACUAAGUGUUUUUUGAAGUGUGUGUGGUGGGGAGUUUGAAGAUGUAUGGUCAACUUCUGUAAAUAUUUAUGGAAAGAACACUUUGCUGCUUUAUGACCAUGUGACUAUGUGGUUUGCAUUAGUAUUGAAGGUCACUGUGCAUUACUUUUUCUCACCUUUGUUUGGCCAAAAAAUGUUAGGAAUUGUGCAAAUUCCAAGCCAGGCUGAGGGACACAAUGUUGAUGAGAAUAUUUCUUCGUUAUUGAGUUUUGUUUUGUUUUUUAUUUGUGGGAGGGGGAAGCUAUGCAGGAACAUAAUUAAAAACCUGAAUAGCCAGUUUUUAUCAUUUUCCUGAUAAUGUAGAAAGUGUGUCGCACAAAGAGUUUACUACAGUGGAAACAUAAAAGGAUGAUUGCAGAAGCUGCUGUUUGACGUUUUAUUGCUUAUGUUUGUGUUAUAUUGAUGCAAAUCAACCAUAUAUCUAUGAUACAAAUUUAUGGUAUAGUUUUGCUUUUUAGUUUCCAAAGGAAGGUCUGGCAUUUCUUGAUGUAAUCUGCUCAUCUCAGUUAAAAUAUACACGUAAAGCAUUGGUAUUUACUAUAAAGCAUGGAUUCAGCAGUGGGCUUUAUCUAGAAGUGUUAUGUAGAGAGAUCAUUUGGUGUUGUCUUUGUUUUGCCACAAUAAGUUUUACAUGAUAACUGUACAUUAGAAAAUGAUGUCAUGUCAGAUAACAUCAACUGUCAGUUGUGUAUCUGACAUACAAAAGAUGUGCAGGUUAUACGUUUGACUGUUUCUGCUACAUACCAUGCUAUAAGUCUUUGAGUUAUUGUUUCAAAAAUUACAUGCAAUCCAACAGUUUUGAAGCUUGAAUCUUGAAAUUAUUCUUCCUUAUAAUCAGUUCAUGAUUAGGUAGCUAAAGGAGUGAGUUAAAUGGAGCUUCCAGUUUUUUCAUACAAUUUAUUUAUAUGUUGAUUGUCUUUGAUCUGAUCUCCUGCAUUUAUUUUUACACUAGCUAUAAAGCUACUUGUAAGUGUGCUUCAUCAAAUGCCGUUCUGUAAUGAUCCUCCCUCACAAAGCACACUUCAGAACACAGAGUAUAUUUUAUAGGUAAGUGCAAAAUCAGUCUUGAACUCUUAUCUUGGGGAAAAAAACUGUUUUUUUUUUAUAUUUUGAUUCCAGUUUUCUUCAGUUUCUAGCCGUCCACUGAGUUUCUUCUUUUGAAUCCAUGUAUCAGUUAUUAUUUAUUUGCUUUAUUUUUUUGUGUUAAGGGUAUAAAAUAGCCAUGUAUCCCUCUCGUGCAAUGAGUUUAUAAAUUUGUACAUAAAACAUUUUUUUAAGCAAUCAUUUUUGUUGUUGAUGUAUUUGGGUGUCAUGAUUUUAUAGAGGGGUUUUCUAUAAAAACUAAACGUGUUUGUGAAAGCCUCGUUUGACAUCACAUGUUCAAGUGGCUACACACAUCUUUUAAUCAUCAAAAGAUGUACAAAAUCAUGUUUCAUUCAUCUUGUUCAUUUACUUUCUAAAACAUUCAUAAAAUUAUUUAAUUAGAUGCAAGAUGGUGAGGGUGACUGGGAAUUGGGAAACAUUUUCUUCGGCUCACCUACUAGCUUGCCAAUCAGCAUUGGUAAUCACUGUAUUUAUUUGGCAUUUUUGGCAAGCAAGACUUGCUGAGCUGGCUCUGUUUUCAUGUGAUUUUGUAGUUGAUGUUGGUGGUCAUUCUUAUUAUAACUUUUAGAAAGAAGCUCCUGUCUUGCCCCUUGAUCCUAAAUUCAGGGACCUAAAUAUUCCUAAUAUUACAUGUUGUCUUAAACCACUUGUACUUUAAGGGCAUCAACAACUGCUUCCGUUUUGUUUUCAGGCUCAUGUAACUUUUAAAGUACUGUUGGAACACUGUACAAAAUGUUGGGUUCUUGGGGAUGUAAAGAGUAUAUGUGUAUGCAUAAAAAGUACACUUUUUUCUCUUGGGAGUGAGGCAGACAAUUUAUUCCAGCUACACUAUUUUUCUGUAUAAGGAUUUCAUUUUGUUUGACAAUAACUAUAAGCCCUCACAAGUCUGUUGUAUUUAAAGAACUUAUGAUCAUACGUCAUAGCACAAGUAUUUCAUGAUGACUUUUUUAAAAAUAUGUCCCUUUUCACGACAGUCAUGCAGAGAUCUUUUACCAUAUCUAUACAUGAGACAUUUUUUACCAAUGACAUUGUAGUUUUGUUUCUUAUUUCCUUUGUAUGGUGACAUUCUACAAGUUUGUGAAACUAUAGGACAGUGAUAGUGCCUGCUGUUCAUUCUCCCCCGACACCUGCUCCCUGCCAAUACGGGCAACGAUGUUUAUAUUUAACAAGCCUUUUUAUGAUGGCAUAGCAUUUGGUUUGAAGUUACUAUUGCAUUGAUUCGACACCACUCAAGCAUGGUGUUCACAUCUUAAAAAAGCAUGGAAUGGGUGUAUGAAACAGCACAAAGUGCUAUUUUAGCAAUGCAGUUGAUUCAUACUGAAGGCGGUGUAACAAAUUGAUCGCAUUAAGCGCUGUGCCAUACCUAUUAAAUGCAAGCAGCGAUCUUGGGUUUUUGAGCAGUGUUUUAAAAAAACAUCUUUCAACAGUAUCUGAUUUUUUUUUUGCCACUGGCUUAUAGAUGUUUUAAAAAUUAUUUCCAUAGGCUCCGUUUUUCAUCUAGAACGUGAUUUGUGCAUAAAAAAUUCUUUUGAAAGUGCAUGUGUGUUUGCUUGUAUACUUUGUGCAUGUGCAAGAUCUGGUGAGGCAGGCUUAAAUUUUACAGAUUAGCAUGUGAAACUCCAUGGACAUAUGAUGAAACAAGAAGAGAGAAGAUCUUUUGUUUAAACAUAGUAGUUAUAAAUUGUUCAUGAGAUUGUGUGGGGUUUUUUUUUCCCCCUAGUAGGGGUAGAAAAUGCUUACCUAUUGAAGAUCAGUGUGAUUCAGCUUGCAAAAGAAUCCCCCCACCCCUCUGCCUUUUUUGGAGCAUUAUUUCCUGGAGAAAGUUUUUAAACAGGCUACCUAUUUCAUUGUUUGGCAGCUGAUCAUCUCCACAACAAAAAUUGUCAGUCUUGAAACACAUUAACACUAUAAUAAGUUUACUAAUCCAUAAAAGGUUGUACACUAGAAGUGCCUCAGAAUUAGGCCUAGGCCUAGAAUGUGAAAGAGUUUAGAUUUUCCAAAAGUUGCAAAAAGUCUGUGGAGUCCCAUUAGGCUAUUCAGAGGUCUCUUGGUGGCAUGCAAUUCAGAGUAUCUUCAACACAUUUGUUCCUUCAAUAUAAAGUCUAGGCCAUGUUAGCAUCAGAGCUCACUUUUCAGUCCGGAUGUAUAUAAAAGUUUUGUUUUGGAAUCUGACCUCUCUGCUUAUAAACUAUUGCCAGUCUUUUCCUCUAUGUUAAAUAGAUAUAGGGAUGUAGCUGCUGACAAUGUUUUGUGAAGGAAAUUUUUUUAAUACUUUUUUAUUUUACCAUAUUAUACCUUAUUCUCGUUACUGAUUCUUCAUCUAACCUUUUUGGGGAAGUGGAAAGCCAAUUAGCUAAAGCAAUGACAUUCAAGUCCAGAGGCACAGUGUUUAGCUAAUUCAAUCCUGUUUGAUACAGUUUAAUUACUAAGUCAAUGCAGCUGUGACCUGAUACAAGGUUUUAGUAUUAAAUACAGUGGAAGAGAUAGGCACUGCCUUCGCACACAAAAAAAAAAAAAAGCUGGCCUCCAGAUAAGUGCAACUACUUUGGUACCUUUUAAUUUUAGUCUGCUAGUUUGGUGUCUGACCAGUACAUCCUAGUAUAAGACAAAGUGCAUGAUUCGUUGCAAAUGAAAGUAUAAUUAAUGACAGUAUUUGGCAGCUGCUGUUUUCUUUAAAGGGUUCAACUUGCCUUUAGCUUAUGUUCUUUCUGACCUGGAAUUUUAGGUGAGAUUGUCUUUCUAGGCAAUCACAUCCACAGCUUGAGCUCUGUAAUGUGGCCCUUAUUUGCUUGAUGGACUUCUUAUUGGUCAUACAGGAUGUUUCAGAAAUGGCAAUGGUGUGGCCCAUCUGGUAAGCAAACAUUCCAGGUUUGUUUUCAUCCUUAUCCUGUGACCUGCUUUGUUUUUCCAAUGCUCCACCCCACAGAUUUAGAGGCCUUUCCAUUGUCCAUAAAAUUUCACUCCAACUUGCUGGAGAUAAUUACCUAAAUGACUUCUCAAUAUCUGUGUUAGAAAAAAAUUUGGUUCAGGCAGCACACUGUUCAAUGAAUGCUUCAUUUCCAUUGCAUAUUUCCUGUAGUUCAAUGGAAACCAUUUGUCUUCUUGAUGAGCAUAUUCAGUUAGGUUCAUUGAUAUGUGACUUGGGACACAUUAUUGGACGUGUCAGUUCCUUGUAAUUAGCUUAAUUAAAUAAGCAUCUACUUCUCUCUAAAAUGGAAAAGGAUCAGAGUAGCAUGAAUGUUGCCAAAACCUCUAGUCACCUUUGAGAAAAUCUUGUUUAAACCAUGCAUUUAAUAAAAGGAGCUGAAAAAUGCAAACAUUCUGACAAUGGACACUUGUUUCAAGUCAUUGCCAGUUGAAACAGGACCUCUAGCCAAAAUAUGAAAAUGUGUCACAAGAUGCAGAUGAAGAGAAUAAGUAAAUAUGAAAUGAUAAAUGUUUGCAUUAUUUUGCCUUGCAGCUAUUUUCUGUUGUAGGGUAGAUCUUACCCGUACCUCCUUGAGACCUGUUGGAGUUGUUUUUAAAUCUUUAAGAAAUUGUCUCAAACCUGUGGUUUAUUUCCAUUUUCAGUGCAUAAUCUGUUGUAAGCUAAAUAAAACAGCUUUGAUUUCUUU